CCGUCACGUGGCCGGCGCGGAAGCAACACCCGGAAGUAGCGGCCGGCGGCGGGUGUCCCCGCUUGGGUGCACGGGGGGAGGAGAACGAGAAGGAGAGCGGCGGUCCUGCGUGCCCGCCGUCCCCGGGCCCUGCCCAGCCGGCUGACCUAAACUGUGUUUUUUCUAAACAUCAUGGGAGAGAUUAAAGUCUCUCCUGACUAUAACUGGUUCAGAAGCACAGUUCCUCUUAAAAAGAUAAUAGUAGAUGAUGACGACAGUAAAGUCUGGUCGCUGUAUGAUGCAGGACCUAGGAGUAUUCGGUGCCCACUCAUAUUUCUUCCUCCUGUAAGUGGAACUGCAGAUGUGUUUUUCCAGCAAAUUUUGGCACUGACUGGAUGGGGCUACAGAGUUAUCGCUUUGCAGUAUCCGGUGUACUGGGAUCACCUUGAGUUCUGUGAUGGAUUCAGAAAGCUGUUAGACCACCUUCAGCUGGAUAAAGUUCACCUUUUUGGAGCUUCUCUGGGAGGCUUUCUGGCUCAAAAAUUUGCUGAAUACACACACAAAUCUCCCAGAGUUCAAUCUCUGAUCCUAUGUAAUUCCUUUAGUGACACUUCUAUCUUCAAUCAGACAUGGACAGCAAACAGCUUUUGGCUGAUGCCUGCUUUUAUGCUGAAAAAAAUUGUCCUUGGGAAUUUUGCAUCUGGUCCUCUAGAUCCUGAAAUGGCUGAUGGGAUUGAUUUCAUGGUGGACAGGCUGGAGAGUCUGGGCCAGAGCGAGCUCGCUUCAAGACUUACCCUCAACUGCCAGAACUCCUAUGUAGAACCUCAUAAAAUUCGAGACAUCCCUGUGACCAUUAUGGAUGUGUUUGACCAAAGCGCACUUUCAACUGAAGCAAAAGAAGAAAUGUAUAAGCUUUAUCCUAAUGCCAGAAGAGCUCAUCUCAAAACAGGAGGCAACUUCCCAUAUCUCUGCAGGAGUGCUGAGGUCAACCUAUACAUUCAAAUCCAUUUACUGCAGUUCCAUGGUACCCGGUAUGCGGCCAUUGAUCCCUCCAUGGUCAGUGCAGAAGAGCUGGAAGUCCAGAAGAUCAGUCUUCACACCAGCAAUGAGCAAGAAGAGCAAUAGGUUUUGGGGUGUCAGUGAAAAUGAGGAAUCGGUUUGGUGGUCUUCCUGUGUACAAUCAACUGUUCCCACUCUGCCUUUUUCCUUGCGUUAGCCGAUUAUCACUGUGUGAUUCCAACAGGAUCAAUAGUUAGUGAACUACCCAUGGACAGUAACCUCCAGCAGUGUAAUGGGAUAGAGCUGUUUAAUUUUCAGUCUUUGAAUUCAAGGAAGCAUCUUUGAAGACUACAGUUUUAAAAACAAAGACAUUUUUGCUACCAAAGUCUUCACUAUCAUGUUCUUAAGCAGAACGAUAUUCUUUUUAUAUUUUUCACUCAGCUGUAUAUAUUGCCACAUGUAGAUCAUGUACUUAUAAGCUGACAUAUAUUUUUGUUGAAUAUUUGGUUUAAAAGAUGUUAAGUGCCAAUGUUGCCAUCACUUAUUUGCUUCGUGUGUUGUAAGUUAGUUUCUAUUUGAAAUAAAGCAUUUGAAUUUUUAACUUCCUUGCUGUUCAAAAAUGGUUUUCAAUAAAAGUUCAAUUUCA